CACCCACUGUUGGUAUGAAUGUACCGAGCAGAGAGACAGAGAAACAGACGGACACUAAGACGGUAAGACACUAGAACCGACACCGGCACCGGGAUAAACCCCGCAUGAGGAUGACGGAGUGAGUAAUGCUCGGUACAGGACUGGUGUGUUGGCGCUGCGCAGUAGGACAGGUGUGUUACCUGUGGCGGGCUUCCCGCUGGCUUCUUCCGGCUGUGAUAAGAACCGUGACGCGAGUUUAUUCCGGGUUAAAGGUGCGGUUCGGGUUUGGACAAGAGGAGGAGGACGGGACAAACCGCCUCCGUUAACACCGACAGCGCAGGACAAUCGGGCCUGUGUUAGUGACAUAAACAGCCAUUAUUAUCGCGCCUCUGACGCAGCCAGAACCGGACCGGAGCAUGGAGCUGUCACAGCAGGACCCCGAGCACCAUCUUCAUCCUCCUCAUCCACCUCCACCGGAGAACGGCUUCGUGACACCGGAAGCACCGGGACUGAUGCUGUCGCGCGUGGACGGCUGCGUGCUGCCUUUCCUGGGUGGGUUCGGUCGGUACCAGAAGCAGCUGGUGGUGCUCACAUGGAUCCCGGCGCUGUUUAUCGGCUUCAGCCAGUUUUCAGACAACUUCCUGCUCGCGCAACCGAACACCACUUGUAUCUCGACCAACAACGGUACCAUCGGUACCACCCAGCACGAGACCACCACCGUCAUUACCACCGCUAUGGCCACCAACAUCACGUCUUCUGCUCCGUUCUUUACUCAGGCGCUUCACACCACGACCGAGAGUAACGGGAGCGCGCGAGCCUCAGAACACUGUGCGUGCGACAACGGGACAUGGAGGCAUGAGAUGCUGUCAGGACUCAAACAGAACGUGGUGACCAAGUGGAAUCUGGUGUGUGACUCUGCAUGGAAGGUACACAUCGCAAAGUUUUCCCUGCUGGUUGGUUCCAUAUUCGGAUACCUGGUUCUUGGAGUGCUGGCUGAUUGGUUUGGGCGUCACACAGUACUGGUGGUGUCGGUGUUCUUCACUCUUGUGUUUGGGAUAUCUGUGGCCUUCUCCAUUAAUGUCACCAUGUUUAGCACACUCCGCUUCUUUGAGGGAUUCUGGCUCGCUGGGAUCACUCUGUCCCUCUAUGUCCUGAGGAUCGAGCUUUGUCUGCCCGGCUGGCGUUUCUCCAUGACCAUGGUUGCUAACUUUGUGGUGUUAGCAGGGCAGCUGUUAAUGCCAGGGCUUGCUGCUGUAUGCUCUGAUUGGAAGAUCCUGCAAGCUGUCACCAUCUGCCCCCUGUCACUAAUGCUGUCAUACAUAUGGUUAUUUCCAGAGUCUCUGCGCUGGUUGUUAGCGACGCAGCAGUACAUUCGGUCCAAAUGGCUUAUUGAGCGCGUUGCAAAGAAAAACAACACCCAUUUGGACACACAUGAACUUAUCACAGAGCUGAACAGGGUUUUGGAGAAACCAGCAAAGAAGACAUGUAUAGUGAAGAUGGUGGGCACAAGGAACCUGUGGAAGAACAUUGUGGUCCUGUGUGUCAACUCGUUAACUGGUUAUGGAAUCCAUCACUGUUUUGCACGCAGUAUGAUGGAUCAGGAUAACGAGCGCAUCACCAUGUUCCACCACUUCUAUGCUGAUUAUUACACGUUAGCAGGAAUCGCCGUGGCAACUGGCCUUGCAUUGUGUCCAGCGGUGGCAAUUAUGGGACGUCGGGGGGGUUUACUAAUGUUCAUGAUUAUCACUGCACUGGCAUCAUUACUGCAGCUUGGCCUGCUCAACUUGGUUGGAAAAUAUAGCGUCCAGCUUAAGAUAGAGUCAGAAACUCUGAAGUCAGACUUCCACGUGGCGUUCUCCAUCAUUGGCAUGUUCUCCUCUCAGGCUGUCAGUAACCUGAGCAUCUUUUUCUGUGCAGAGAUCACCCCCACCGUCAUCAGGGGCGGAGGUCUUGGUCUGGUGUUAGCGAGUGCUGGGUUUGGGAUGCUAACUGCACCCAUCAUGGAGCUGCAUAAUCAGAAAGGCUACUUCCUCCACCAUGUGAUCUUCGCCUGCUGCACGCUCAUCUGCAUUAUCUGCAUCCUGCUGCUCCCUGAGUCACGCCACCAGCCCCUGCCAGAGUCUCUGUCAGAGGGUGAGGGCUACACCCGCCACCCCCUGCUGCCACCACACAAGAAACCUGCAGAGCAGCUUCACCUGCUGCCCCUCCCCCAUGGCCGCAACUACGCCAACGACGAACACACCAACGACCGUGCUAAAGACUUAAGUGUCAGAGACACGCCUCUACGAGAUGUAGCUGUCUCCACUGUUGAGUCUACAGCCUCCUCCACCAUCGCACCUGCUGAAGACCCUGGUGAGGAACCUGCUGAUGAACUUAAUGCUGUGAGCCUUAGUGUUCCUGGGCAGCAUGACAGUCCAAAACCUACAACAACAGAUUCACUUCCUGAUCUUAUCGUCAAUGCUACACCUCCUGAUGCCUCAGAAACCCCAUCUUCUAGUCAAACUAGCACAUCCCCAGUCAAGGUAGAUCAUGAAACCCCACCUAUAAUGGAUGAUGUCACCAAGUCUCCAGAAAGUGUGUCUGUGGACCUUCCUGAACUCAUAAACCCAACCACUACAAAUCUAGCUCCGCCUGCACUUUCAUUCUUUCCCCCUCUAUCUUCCUCCUCUCCUAUUGACUCUGAUCUGCUACUGUCCCCACCCCCUCAGACAUGCUCCACCCCUUCAGAGCCUCUGUCACCAGCCAUUUUAGAUGAAACUGUGUUACAUUCAUUACCUCUGACUGUGACAGAUCCAGUUCCACCCUUUAAGGUGGACUCGACCACUUCCUCUCCUAUAGACUCAGCUGUGGACUGUACCAUCAGCACUGCUAACGGGGAGCAUCAUCCUGACGGGUGUUGACAUGGUGAGAGUGAUUCUCAAAUCCUUUGCAUUUGGAUGCUUCCCUCAAGCUGCUGCAAAGGGAUUUACUGACAAACAAAAGGGAGGAGCAUGACAGCAGACGGGAGCUUUAAAGGGUGCUGAAUGGGAGAAAGAGGAGUUGACCUAAAUCACACUGAUUCACUGCUGCUGAGUGACUGUGAAGUGAACAACUCUCAGUAGUGAAACUUUAACAUGAUCAUGACUAAUUAAGAGAAAUGGCAGAUGUGGAACUGGGGUCACAUCCCAAUUCACUGGAAACUAGUUUUAAUGUCAUUUUUUUAUUAGUGUGCUUUGUACAAAAGAAAAAGAGCUAAACGAGACAUGGCCAAAAGGAUUCGUUUUCUAUAGCUAACACAGCCGCUAAACAGUGUGUGUGUGUGUGUGUGUGUGUGUGUGUGUGUGUGUGUGUGUGUGUGUGUGUAUGUAUGUGCAGUGCCAAGCCAGAAAGUCUUCAAAAUGAUCAAACAUGAUUUAAACUCUACCCAAUAAACACCAAUCCCUAAACCCUUAAGUGAACCACUGAACCCUAACCAGUGAACCCUAACCUCUGAACCCUAACCACUGAACCCUAACCACUGAACCCUAACCUCUGAACCCUAACCACUGAACCCUAACCUCUGAACCCUAACCACUGAACCCUAACCAGUGUCGGAGUGUUCAGCUUUCCCCUCCGGCUCUGUGUGACGCUUUAGUUCAGCAAUACCUUCAUCCUGAUCAGUCACACUCACUCAAAAUACUUGUUUGCUGGAUUUUAAGGAAAGAUUUGUUAGAACAUGUUGGUGACAAACAGAAAUAAUAACAAUGGUGUUGAGUUAAAGUGAGAAAGCCACAAGUUUACAGUGUUCUCAUGAAGAACCAAGUGAGAAACCUAUUACCCUACCCUGACUCUGAACACUAGAUACUAAACCCCUGACUCUGGACACCAACCCCCUGACUCUGGACACUAACCCCCUGACUCUGGACACUAGAUACUAAACCCCUGACUCUGGACACUAACCCCCUGACUCUGGACACUAAACCCCUGACUCUGGACACUAGAUUCUAAACCCCUGACUCUGGACACUAACCCCCUGACUCUGGACACUAAACCCCUGACUCUGGACACUAGAUACUAAACCCCUGACUCUGGACACUAAACCACUGACUGCGGACACUAGAUACUAAACCCCUGACUCUGGACACUAGAUACUAAACCCCUGAUUCUGGACACUAACCCCCUGACUCUGGACACUAAACCCCUGACUCUGGACACUAGAUUCUAAACCCCUGACUCUGGACACUAACCCCCUGACUCUGGACACUAAACCCCUGACUCUGGACACUAGAUACUAAACCCCUGACUCUGGACACUAAACCACUGACUGUGGACACUAGAUACUAAACCCCUGACUCUGGACACUAAACCCCUGACUCUGGACACUAGAUACUAAACCCCUGACUCUGGACACUAACCCCCUGACUCUGGACACUAAACCCCUGACUCUGGACACUAGAUACUAAACCCCUGACUAUGGACACUAAACCCCUGACUCUGGACACUAACCCCCUGACUCUGGACACCAAACCCCUGACUCUGGACACCAAACCCCUGACUCUGGACACUAAACCCCUGACUCUGGACACUAACCCCCUGACUCUGGACACCAAACCCCUGACUCUGGACACUAAACUCCUGACUCUGGACACUAGAUACUAAACCCCUGACUCUGGACACUAACCCCCUGACUCUGGACACCAAACCCCUGACUCUGGACACCAAACCCCUGACUCUGGACACUAAACCCCUGACUCUGGACACUAACCCCCUGACUCUGGACACCAAACCCCUGACUCUGGACACCAAACCCCUGACUCUGGACACUAAACCCCUGACUCUGGACACUAACCCCCUGACUCUGGACACCAAACCCCUGACUCUGGACACUAAACUUCUGAUUCUGGACACUAGAUACUAAACCCCUGACUCUGGACACUAACCCCCUGACUCUGGACACCAAACCCCUGACUCUGGACACUAACCCCCUGACUCUGGACACCAAACCCCUGACUCUGGACACUAACCCCCUGACUCUGGACACUAAACCCCUGACUCUGGACACUAAACACCAAACCCCUCUUUUAGGGUUUUAAGUCUCCUCUUUAAGAAAAAGAAGGGUCACCUUGUUGUUUAGGUGACUGUUUCGGUGAAUGAGCUUCAGGGCAGAUGUGUACACUACUGAUGAAGGGAUAGUAAAUAAUGGAGUGAGCUCCAAAUACUAAACCCUAAUCACUAAACCCUAAACCUUUGUUGACAAGGGAGGGAUUGGGUAAUGCAACAGAAUGAGACUACUAAGGCAGGUCAAAUGUCAGACCCUGUGUGUUUGUAAUGUGUGUGUGUGUGUGUGUGUGUGUGUGUGUGUGUGUGUGUGUACUGUCAGGAUGUUACAUCUAUGUCACACUUCAUCAUCAUGAGAACAAAGCAUGUAAACAUGACACAGAAGAAGCUAAAGUGAACUACUGUAACACAUUUACUGAUAUAAGGUGUGUUUUGGCUUUAGACAAGUUUUUAUAAGAAUGUGUAAAUAUAAAAGGGGGCGUGGCUACUGAGGAAGCAAUAAUGUAUUUAUUUUCGGACGGCGAGACAUUUAUCUUUUAUAUUAAUGAACUUCACCUCACAAACAUUAUAAAUACUAAUAUGAAUAUUUAUAGUGAUUGAUGUAUUUUCCAGACUAUAAGGGUUUUAUAUGAAGCCAAAUCAGUUCUCAAAAGCAGCUGGACUUCUUAUUCUUUACCCAGUUUUACCUUGUGUUGUAAUCUUCUGAUAUAAACCUGUCUUAUUUAAGUCUCAAAUUCACAUGAUCAGGUCUGUGAUUGGCUGAUUCCAUUUGACAUAACCUCUUUUUAUGAGGUUAGUUUUAUGCUUUUUUUAAUUCCACUCUUAUUCCAUUUCUUAUUGGGUCUCCUGCAGUUGCCACCCUCUAACACUCGUCUUCUCUGACACAUGCCUUCUACCCUCUUACACAGUCAGGAGCCCACAGAGACCCCCGAUUGGCUAGUGAUGCUGUGACUGACAUGGGAGAGCUUCUCUUUUACAAAUCACAGACACUUAUAGUCAGGAAAAAUACAAACUUUUGGAAUUAUUUUGGAAUUAUUGCAUCACACUGAAGAAUAAGUUUAAGAAAUGUUUAAACAUGGUUUGUUUUUGCUAAAAUACCCUGAGUAUUGUUUUAACAGCCAGCAAGAAAGGAAGUACAGGAAAAGUAUGAUUAGCCAAUGUUUUAGCCAAACUUACACGUGAUGUUUUUUUUAUUCCUCACAAUGCCAUGAGGACAGUGUUUGUGUGUUCAUGUGUCAGACAAAAUGUCAUCAAUAAAAGCAAGUUCAUGUGAAAGAACACAUCGAAGAAUG